ACUUGUGGUUGAAGUGGGCGAUGGAUGCGUCACAUGCACUCUUCGUUCGCAAGGUGUCACUGUGGGACAAAUCAUGGAUGUGGAGAGCAGCAGAUCAGCUUAUGAUUUCUUUUUUGAAUACAAAAAAAUGAAGCAGUCUGCUUAUCAGCAUCAAUUUGGGAAUGAUCCUUUGUAAAAUUGUUCAAAUAUUCCCUACAAAGCUGCUCAUUUGUUUGCUUUUUAGGACCAGAUGCUCGCUUUCCCGUCAAUCUCAUAAUAACGUUUGGAGUUUGGGACCGUUCUCUUUUCAGCCAUCCACCACAGGACAUCACCUCACCUCACCUCCCCCGCCCCACUCCGUCGGCGGCUGCGCACACCCCCGACCGCGGCGGCUAAAACGAGGGCGCGCUCGUCUGCGCUGCCCGUCGACGGCGUCAUCCCAGAUGUGACUCGGGAUAAUCUGACAGCCUGGAGAGGAAGCAUUUUUACUCUCAUGGGGGUCGCAGUCUAUAACAUCUCAGCUACCUCUGCCAGGGUGAGCUGGCCGCCGUCGGCCGGCUGCCUGGACACCUUCUACAGCGUCAUGUACAGCCCCAACUGGAACAGCCUGCUCGUGGCCUUCAAGCGCAAGAGCUUCAUGCACGAAGAGCGCAUCCCCGUCAGCCAGACCGCCACCCACCUGGCCAACUUGCUCCCGCAGACCACCUACUUACUGUGCGUCACGUGCCAGGCCGCCAACCCGGCGCGGGAUCAGUGCCAGGCGUUCAUGACGCCGAACGACAGCGGCGAGGGGCGGGACCGGGCCGGCUGGGAGCCGGGCACGGGCGCCUGGCUGACCUGCUGCCUUUUGCUGCUGGUCAUCGCCGGCGUCCUGCUGCGGGGGUGCCCGCACGGCGCCUGCACGGGUCGGGGGGGCGUCGGCGGGGGACGAGGACGCUCGGCGGUGACCGACGCGGUCCGGGCGGGUCGCUCCUCGGCCGGCCGGCUCUGCACGCCCAGGGGCAGCUGCGAUAACGGCGACCGGCGCGGCCUCCACGAGCUCAGGACGCUGGCUCGGCUGUCUGGGAGCGAGCCAGUUUGAGGCGAUUGGAUUGAGGUCAUCGCCGUAUUGUCUGGCCCGACGAAUGAUGUUGUAUUGUAUUAUGGAUUAUUCUGGAAUCCUAUGUGUCAGGAAAUAAAACCUAGCCAACUCAA